UCUCUUUCCAGAAACUUCAGCCUAUUCACUCCGGCCACCCAUUUCAUAAUUAAAACCUCACUCUCUUCUUCUUCUUCUUCUUCUUCUUGCCCUAUAUAUCUACUCUUCAAAAAGAAAGCAAAAGAGAUAUUAGUUCUCCUUCAACUCAAAUCAUUUUCUCUCUCUUAUGGAAUCUAUGGCCUCCUCUAAAACCACCAUCAUUGAUGAAGAACAAGUCCAGGAGCAAAAUAUAGUUGUUGCAUUCAGUAAUGGCCUUUUUGUUAUCCCAGAAGAUGAUUACAAAUGGAAGAAAUAUGGGCAAAAGUAUAUUAGAAGUAUGCAGAAGAAUAGUUAUUUCAGAUGUGUGAACAAGAACUGUAAGACGAGGAAGAAAGUGGAGUUACCACCAAAUGAACCAAACAACAUAGAUAUAGCGUACGAAGGAGAUCAUAACUACCGAGCCUUAGUUGGUCGUUCAGAGAAUGAAGAAGCUAGAAUCGCAGCUAAUCAGUAUGACUUAGCUACGCAGAUGUUUGGAUAUGCAAGGACUUAGGCUCCGUUUCGAGCAACUUUUUUACUGCUUCUUAAAAUAGUUUUUUCAAAUAAAAAUUAAGUUUUUUUUACUAAAAAAUUGUUUAAAAAAAAGUAAGAAAGUUAUCCCAAACAAAACUUUAAUUAGCUCUUUACUAGUUUUUUGUGCUAUGGUUAAACAGUAAUAAUACUUUCGUGCUUAUAUAUAUUGUGUACUUUUUUAUUCAAGUUUUCAUUAUCAGCUCAGGCUUCCUUAAUAUUUAAUGUGUAAAUUGUUGUGGAAUCUGUACUGAUUUGCGGGGUUAAUUUCUGCUUCAGGUUAUGAAUUAUGAUAGUUCAUAUAUGUCUUUGACUUGUCAAUUUUAAAAGAUUUGAACUCCCCCUCAACAGGAGCGAUAGAUAGUUUUCAUGCUCAUCUUGUUAGUAAGUGAUGAGUGGAUGAAAUCGAUUUGAUAAGGAUGACGGCGAGCUGGAGGUGAAACCGGAAAGGAUGAAAUCGAUUAGAUAAGGAUUUUACUUUUCACGAAUAAAA